AUGGCUCUUCAUCUUCCAAUCAACACAGUGUUACCCAACAAGGCAACAGCGGCCAAAGAGACGUCGUCAGAGGCUUGCACAACGACACAGUUCGAGAAUCCUUGGAGCGACGCAAAUCUCGAACGGUGCCACCAACUGUGGAAUCUCUUGCCCGACGAGAUUAUGCAACUGAAACUGCUUCAAGCACACCUUUCUGAUGUACGCGAUUCCUUCGAAAACAACCCUUUUGACGUUGUCCGCUUUCUCAGAGAAAACAAGGGAAACCUCAACAUCGCUGAGAAAAAGUUCCGAUCCAUGUUGGAUUGGCGUCACAAACACCAAGUAGACUGCAUGUUAGACCCUAACGAGUAUCGGCCUCCGUCCUUGUACCGUUACUUUCCGGCUGGUGUCCUCGAGGGGGUUGAUAAGGAGGGUGAUCCAAUCCACUGUGAGCGAACAGGCGAUGCCGAUAGCAGCGGCCUCUUGAGCCGCUAUGGCCGAGAUGAAAUGCUCAAGCAAGCCAUUUGGAUUAGGGAGAUUCAGAGCCGGGGAAAGUGGCACCAAGAUUACGAGAAACGCCAAGGGCAUCCUAUAAAACAAUUUACAGUGGUCCUCGACAUGAAAGGUCUCAAGGCAAGGAACAUGGGGCCAGGACUGAUCUCCGUGAGUCAAGAGGUCAGCCGCAUCGUUCAAGACUUCUACCCAUACUACGCCAAGCGAAUCAUUAUCAUUCGGGCUCCGGCACUCUUCCAGGUUGCCUUCAAUGCCAUCAAGCCGUUUCUCGACGAAAGUAUGAGAGACAAGAUCGUUGUCUCUGGUGGGCACAGGGACCACUGCAAAGUUCUAGAGAAAUACAUGGACCUCAAAGUGCUUCCCCCCGAGAUAUGUCCCAGUGGGGAUGGCAAGGCGGUGGCAGAUUUCCCAAACGUCGUCUGGGAAGGAGGAAAAAUUCCCGACCAUGAAGAGGACCUUUCGCUCCAACAAGUUGUUACCCUGCAAGCAGAUUCAGUUAUUGGCGUAGAAGUGGCUCAAGCCAUCAGCGGUGGAACAAAUGUUUCUGAUACUGAUAGACCCCUCGCGGUUACAGUGGGACACGUAUCCAAGCCCCUAGAGACCUUCUUAUUACAAGGAGGAACACAGAGUUUGGAUGUGUCAUCAGAAGAAAGAAGAAAGGGUAGCAACUGGGUUCAGCGACAGCUUGAGCUUUUCCAAGCCACGUUCUCAUCAUUUGAGGCAGGCGAUUCUUCUGCUUCAUACGCCAUUUAG